AUGUUGUUACCACCUCGUUUCAUUUCUAUUUUCCGCCAGACCUAUAGACCCUCGCACCUGGAGAAGCACGCACCUACACAGCAUCAUGGCUUGCCUUGGAUUACCAGCCCAGUCAGUCAAACGGAGGAUGGUCAUCAUUUCUACCGACACUCGGACGCAACCCCCAUUGAGCUCUUCUUUGACCUUUUUUUCGUUGCCAAUCUCUCAACAUUCACCGCUACACAUCAGAUCAAUAACUUCCAUGCUUUGUGUGCAUACAUAGGAUUCCUUGGUGUCAUCUGGUUCACGUGGCUUCAGGUCACUCUAUUCGACGUCCGCUUUGCCCGAGACUCUGUCUUUGAAAGAUUAUGCAAGGCGAUCCAGCUCGCCGCAAUGGUUGGCUUUGCGUCAGCGGGAUCGAGAUUCAGCACGUCCGUUCGAGAGGAGAAUGCCUGGGCAUUCCAGUCUCUCACUUUGAUCUUGGCCGGAAGUCGGACAUUAUUGGCCAUCCAGUACACGGUCAACAUAGCCUUCCUCCAUCGGUCUAUGAAAUCUGCCGCCCGGGGCGUUUCUUACACUGCACUGGUCUUCUGGGUGACAACCCUCUUUUAUCUAGUGAUGUAUCUGGCUUUCUCCGGAAGCAAUGGGCUUCGUUCUCGGAUCUGGUCCGUUUGGUUUGUUCUUUUCGGCGUUGAAAUGUGGACGGUUACAGGGCUUUCCUUGAUGUACCCGGAUAUCGGGUUCAAAGAUACCCACCUCAAUACGCGAAUGGGCCUACUUACGCUGAUCAUCAUCGGAGAGGGUGUCAUUGCUAUCACUCGAAUUGUCAACGAGACGGUACGGCCCGGUGGAUGGACUAAGUGGUCGUUUGUUCAUAUUUUGGGAGUCACAACCAAUGUGUACCUGAUCUGGCAUGCUUACUUCGAUGUAUCACCCCGCCGUCAGCUCGGGAAGCUCAAGCAGCAGUUAUGGGCACAGUUGCACUUCCCAUUUCAUGUGGUGCUGAUUCUACUCCUUGAAGGGUCACAGAUUCUUGCACUUACGCUAGAUGUGACACUGAAGCUGAAGUAUCUGGGGGAGACACUUCUAUUUGUAUGCGAAGCCCCACGUCCCAGCACAGCCAGAGCGGUGGCACUUAUCCGAAGCACGAUUGACGAUAUGGAGAUCCCGUUCAGCCGGGGAGCAACACAAGAAUGGGCCGCGAUCUCGAGUCUCUUGGAAGCUCUGGCUGUACAGCCUCUUUGUCCCGAUCGUGAAACCUUUGACUAUGAGUAUACAGCAGACUUGUUCAAUGAUCUCACCGGGAAUGUAACGGCUGCCCUUUUCUCGAGCAUGGAGAUCUUACCCAGCAAAAAGGUCGACAUUAGUCUCCUCACAAACCAACAGUUACUUGAGAUGUACAUGAAGCUCCUCGCCUUCGUGUACAUUUAUUUCUUUGCGGUAGCCAGUAUUUCCAUGGGCCUCCUUGCGGCCUUUCAAGUGCUCUCCCAUCGACAUGAAAUCCAUUUUCAUCGGAACGUCUCGAUGACGGUACGAAUGGUCCUCGCAAUAUCCCUAGCCAGCCUUGUCUCAUUCGCAAGCUACUUCCCAUUGGCUUAUUCAUUCAUGACCUCGCCUAUUAUCCUGUACGCAUUCACUUUGACGCUUCUGUUUGUGCUCCUGGUUGACCGACUUUUGGAUUAUUUCGCAUCCCGGAGUGAUGCAGCUGGCCGGCGGAACGGGGAAAGCGGCGCCGAGCUUGAGUCUUCUGCCAAUGCACCGGGGAUGGUGGAAACAGAUCCGAUUCCUGUUGGAAAGACCAGUCCAAGCGAGUCUGCCUCGCAGUUGAUGACGGAGAGGGAGAGCAUUUGA